ACGGUAUAUUUCGCUAUAAUCGGAUGACCGUUGAUCACGUUGACAUUAGGCUCUAUACUUUAUAAAUUCGAAUUUUUUCAAACAUCGGCCGAAAUUCCCUCGUAGAGAAACGUAUCGAGUAAUGCUCGUCCGGUCUUCUCACGAGUCAUGUCGUUAAAAAUACCAACGACGCACGGUCAUCUUAAAAUGACUCGAUAAACGGAAAUAAGGACGCAGAGAUCUACGUGCCCUGUGAAAAUUCGUACAAAACUGUAUUGUGAACCGGUGUGUAUUGUCUCCUUGCCUCUGUUCCACCGCGGAAACUCGGUUGUUUUCGUUCCCGUCGGACCUUCACCUUUGCUAUGGUUUACCGCAAAUAGACGGAUACACGAGCCAGUUUUGGAUGUCCUUUUCAGACACAUGUACACUCAUCGAUCAAAAGGGAAUGUUUGUUUUGCUUUUCACUGCCUUCGAGUCUCAAGCCACCACGAAGGUUAGACCAAACGACAGUACGAUCACUUGAUGACCUGAUUUAAAGGGUGAGUAACUAGAAGAGAUAAAUAACAAUGGCUGGCAGUGGAGAGCUUUGGGUGCAAUGUUUCACCUGUUGUCUGACGCAACAAGGUCCAAGGGCACGUAAUGGAAGGCAGAGGUCACACCAGAGGUUAAGGAUAGAUCGUAGUAUGAUAGGAGUGCCUACAAAUUUCAGACACACUGGUCACAUAAGCAGUGGAGAUUUAGACAUGACCAGUGCACAGUUGUCUAACAUUCAGGCACAGAUGCAAAUGAAGGGAGGCUAUGAUAACGCGUAUGGAGUUAGGGCACGUUGAAAGUAAUUAUAUGGUGCAUUUAGACUGACCUGGAGAUAAUCUUACGACAGGACUAUAAAAUUGACUGAGUUUUUAAUGUCCAUUGUUCCUUGUGUUAAAACAAAAACAUACAUGCAAUUUGUUGCAUGUAAGAAUGUGCUCGAAAAGUAGACUCAUUUUAAAAUGACAUCAAGUAUAUUAUACUAAAGAACAAAUUAAAUAGGAUUCGUAUUAGGACUUGCUGAAAGUAUGCGUUUACUUGCAAGUUGUAUUCCGUACAAAUUACCCUCCACAGCAAAGACUGGAUGUAACUGCCACAUUAUACACAAAAGUUUUGAGGUGCAUUUUCUUUUUUACCAACUGGAAAUUAUUCUUCCAUUUAAAAUAGUCGAUGUUCAUUGAUAUACACAAUAUACUAUCAUACUAGA